AUGGAUUCAACCUCCUAUCUUGAUCGAUAUCGCCAUCUAAGCGCUGUUGAUCAGCAGAAGAAUCAGCUCAUCGAGGAGCUCCUAAAACGAGUGACCGACCUCGAGAACUCCUUCCAACAAGAGAAACUUGAUCAUGAACGCGAGACUCGCUUCAAUCGUGAUAUUCAACUUCACGAGAUGGAGUUGAUGCAACAGAUACACCAGAUCAAGUCUAUUAUGGAUCGAGAACCUUUCGUCGUCGUUUUAUUAGAUGGAGAGGGAAUAAUCUUCAAGGAUGAAUUCCUCCAGCAGGGUGAAGAGGGCGGUCGCAAUGCCGCCAAGCAGCUUUACACAGCCCUUCAUACCUACGUGACGGCGAACCUCCCGAAUAUUAAAGUACCUAAGUUAUUGACAAAGAUUUAUUUGAAUGUGAGGGUCUUUAGUGAGAUGUGCGUUCGGAGUGGUCUGGUUUCAGACCCCUCCGGAAUUCACGAUUUCAUCAGAGGUUUCAAUGAGACCAUGUCCUUCUCGGAGAUCGUGGAUAUUGGCUCCGGGAAAAACAAGGCUCUCGAUAAGAUGAAAGAAACCCUCCAAGUCUUCCUUUACAACUGCCAUUGCCACCAAAUCUUUUUAGGCUGCCCUUCAAAUACUGAAUACACAAACUUCCUGGAGGAUAUACUGCAAGAGGGUGAUCUCACCGGCCGUAUUUCUCUCGUGGAGGGCGUUGCCUUUGAGAAAGAGCUUGAGACAGUCAAGAACUCAUAUCGCAUCGCCAAAUUCCCAGAAGUUUUCCGUUCCGUCAAACUGGCGCCUGCUUGGGCUCCCGCGUGGAAGAAUACUCAUGCCCUACCUUCGCGGUCCCUACUCACUCCAUCUCCAUCGCGACAGUUCUCAAUGCCCCCGCCUUUAUCUCGCACUUCAACCAACACCAGUAUUUCAGGCGCCGGGGCUCCUUUGACGGCAUUGACACCUAACGAAGGGGGUGGAUCUCCCGACUUCCAGAUUGUUCGCUCCAAGACGGAAACUUCGAUCGCCCCUCCCAAAACCGUGGAGAGGAAUAAAUAUGGACAGCGAGUGGAUCGUCUCGACUUCAAGAGCAUUCCUCGCGAUGAACUUAAUCGGUUGAAGAAGCUGAAGCUCUGCAAUUACCAUUUCCUGCUUGGGGAAUGCCCCAACGAGGAGAAUUGCUAUCAUGACCACGAUCGCAAAUUAACCCGUCAAGAACUUCAUAUUCUGUCGGCUAUCGCACGCAUGACUCCCUGUCGCUUUGGGCUGGAAUGUGACGACCCGGAGUGUAUCUACGGCCACCGUUGUCCCCAGAGUGAGCCUGGCAAAAAGACUUGCUUUCGAGGUGACAGCUGUCGCUUUGAACCAGUAGCACACGGCAUCGACACGAAUAUUGUCAAAGUGACAAAGGUUUAG